AUGAUGCGAGACGUGAGCGCGCGCUUUAAAUACAGUGAGCGUGAGUUUCGGGCGCAGCACAAGACAAACGUGAAUCGCAGUGGCAACAGCAGCAGUAACGACGACUUGGAGAAUAAACCGCCACUCACUGCUGCUAACGCUGCACAUAACACAAAAGACGUUGUAAUAGCCAAUGCCUGUCCAUCACGAGAACUCAUUCAUAGUCACAUUGGUAGAUAUUAUCGGAAUGUUGAUGCUGCUGCUCAGGUGACAACCGACUGGGAGGCAGUAAGUGCCCGUAUUCGAAGAGACCUAGCGCCGUAUACUGUACUCAAACUCGGUGGCUUCUCAUUGGGUGAUGUUUGUACGAGACUAUUGGGAGACGUGUUGGCACAUGGCGCCUCAAGGCUGCGUACAUUGGACCUAGGUUUUAAUCGACUGACAGAUAAAGGCGCGACCCAAUUGGCACAAGCACUAGAGACUAAUGCAUCGCUUGAGAGUUUGUAUCUUUCAGGAAAUGACAUUGGACCGGCGGGUGCUCGCGCACUUUCACAGGCACUGACGAAGAACACCCAUUUACUCAGUUUACAUCUGAGUGGCAAUAAUAUUGGUGAGGAAGGUGCUCGAUUUUUAGCAGAUGGAAUCACAGGCAACACAGCAUUGAGAGCGUUGUAUUUGGGCACGAAUGGCAUUGGGGCGGCCGGAAUGCAGAGUCUAGCGUCUGCGUUAACCCAAAACAAGUCGCUCGAGGAGCUUACAUUAGGACAGAACAAAGUGGGAAGUGCAGGAGUGCGUCAUCUGGCUUUAGCUUUUGCUACAGGUCAUGUAGCGCUGUCAACUUUAGAAUUAGGAAAGAAUGGCGUGGAUCAGGAAGGUGCCAUUGCAUUAGCUCGCUCUUUAUGCGGGACAAAUCGACUGCAGAACUUGUACAUGGAUCACAAUCCGUUGGGUGACGUGGGUGCCAGUGCCUUUGGAGCGCUGCUAGCCCAGAACACGGAACUGCGGGUGCUGGACUUGAGCUACACCCACAUGUCCCUAUUAGGACUGCGCGAGCUGAGUGUUGUGGGACUGGCCCGCAGCCGUGCACUGCUUUGUCUGCUUGUGGAUGGUCACGAUUGGGCGAGCACUCAAUACAUGAAAAAGAACCAGCAUCCGAAUCUGAACGGUGCAUCAUUAGCGACCAAGGGUGCCAACAACUACGCAGCGUCAUGCAUCGCUGGUGCUAUUAACGUCAACGUUCACUCGGUGCUAUUCAAGCUCACUGGCGUGGAUCUAAGUCUCGUGGUGACCCUUCCUACACCAUCCAGUGACAGUAGAAGGGAAUUUAAUGCACUUUCCCGCAACGAAUUGGUGCUGAAAAGUUUACACGAUGGUCGCGCUGCAGCACACGCUGCAGCUGCCACGUCGGGAAUUCCACCCAGUCACAAGCGGAAACCCACAGAGGACGCAAGUAACACUGUAGUGGAUAGAACACCAACAGGGGGACGAGAUUCCGGUGCAGAAAGCGAUACUGGUGAGAGCUCACCUCCAGUGAUACAACACCCUAAGUUUCAGAGGCUUGAGGGCAACGUCAAGGCAGGCUCGUCGUCCGGUAGUAUUAGCAGUGUUAAUGGAGGUGGAAGUGGCGGUGGCUCGCGUUCAGGAAGUGCCAAUGCACUACUUGGGCUGCUGCCUCCUCCUCACAACGGACCUGGCAACGGUACAUCUGGUUCAGCAGGUGGCAAUGGGGGCAGCUCUCCAUCCAAGACGAGUAGCAACCAACCGCCGCGUGUAAUUCGGAUCCCGUCGCGAGGAUCUAUGGGUCGCUUUCCGCGAUCAGGUGGAUCUUGCGAAAAGCGACUGUCGCUUAAGAGUCCACGUUACGAGAGCACAAUGGAGGUGCACGUCCGUAAGGUCAUUACCGACAUCUCGAAGCUGCCAUUUAAUGCCGACGAGUACAACACGCUGCAAGCAUACUACCUGGGAGGUCGGUGCUCUGCCGGACCGAAUGGGUGCAGCAAUGGGGGUGUUGGCGACGUGACGAGCGAGCGGACAUUCUGCUCCACCUGUAGAUCCAGUCGUCUGGCAAGAUAUCGCCGCACAAUGGCACUCAAAACACGACUCGAAGCUGCAAAGCAGGCAACAGAUGAUGUAUUGUUAGUACUGCUGCGCCAGCUGCACUACCUCGUCGGUGCAUUUCAAAACGUAGAAAAUGCCGUUCAGACCAUCGACGACAUUCUCGUAUCAGCACAUGAGGGGGUAGACGAUCCGCAACAGUUUUCCAAUAUGCCAAUGUCCGUACAAAAGGCGGCCAGUCAGCACACUCAGUAG